GCUGAGUGGCGGACAGUCAAGUGUUUGAGCUUUAUCACUUGACAAUGGCAGGAGCACUUGAAAAUGCGCAAAAGAACAUGCGCAAGAUACGAGACCAUGAUCGUGAAUCCGAUUUUGGAUUGGUGUACGCAGUGUCCGGACCUGUCGUUGUUGCUGAAAGGAUGUUUGGUUCUGCAAUGUACGAAUUGGUUCGCGUCGGUCACCACGAACUAGUUGGUGAAGUCAUUCGUAUUGAAGGCGAUAAGGCCACUAUUCAAGUUUACGAGGAAACUGGCGGUUUGACCGUUGGCGAUCCUGUCCUUCGUACUGGCAAGCCUCUCUCUGUUGAACUUGGCCCAGGUCUUAUGUCCAACAUUUAUGACGGUAUUCAGAGACCCUUGAAGGCUAUUCAAGAAGUCUCUCAGAGUAUCUAUAUUCCAAGAGGUAUUUCUACCCCUGCUCUGGACAAGGCCAUCAGCUGGGAUUUCGAGCCAGUUAACUUUAGUGUCGGCGAUCACAUCACUGGUGGUGACAUUUAUGGUACUGUCUAUGAGAACUCUUUGGUGUCUGUCCAUAAAAUCAUGCUUCCACCCAAGUCAAGAGGUACCGUCACCUACAUUGCACCCAAGGGUUCUUACACUUUGAACGAUACCGUCUUGGAAAUCGAGUUCGAGGGAGAGAAGACCAAGUUCACUAUGCUUCAAUUGUGGCCCGUUCGUGCACCCCGUCCCGUCACCGAGAAGCUUUCAGCCAACGAGCCACUCUUGACCGGUCAAAGAGUUCUGGAUUCUCUCUUCCCAUGCGUCCAAGGUGGUACCACCGCUAUUCCUGGUGCUUUCGGAUGCGGCAAGACUGUCAUUUCACAGGCUGUGUCCAAGUUCUCCAACUCUGACAUUAUCAUUUAUGUUGGAUGUGGUGAAAGAGGUAACGAGAUGGCUGAAGUCUUGAUGGACUUCCCCGAAUUGUCUAUUGAAAUCAACGGACGUCAAGAGUCUAUCAUGAAGCGAACAACUCUGGUUGCCAACACAUCGAACAUGCCUGUCGCUGCUCGUGAAGCCUCUAUCUAUACCGGUAUCACCCUUUCUGAAUACUUCCGUGAUCAAGGCAAGAACGCCACUAUGAUGGCCGACUCUACAUCCCGUUGGGCUGAGGCACUUCGAGAAAUUUCUGGUCGCCUUGCUGAAAUGCCUGCAGAUUCCGGUUACCCUGCUUACCUUACUGCUCGUUUAGCCUCUUUCUACGAACGUGCUGGUAAGGUUACCUGCUUGGGUAACCCUAUGCGUGAAGGAAGUGUCACUGUUGUUGGAGCUGUUUCUCCUCCUGGUGGUGAUUUCUCCGAUCCUGUGACAGCCUCUACUCUUGGUAUUGUCCAGGUAUUCUGGGGUCUUGACAAGAAGCUUGCUCAACGUAAGCAUUUCCCAUCGGUCAACUGGAGUUUGAGUUACAGCAAGUACAUGAACGUCUUGGAACCUUACUACGAGAAGGCCGAUCCAGAAUACUCCACCCUCCGAAAUAGAUGCAAGGAAAUUUUGCAGAUGGAGGAGGAUUUGUCUGAAAUUGUUCAGCUUGUCGGCAAGUCUGGUUUGAACGAGUCAGACAAGAUCACAUUGGAAGUAGCCCAGAUCAUCAAGGAUGACUUCUUGCAACAAAACGGAUACAGUAAAUACGAUCGUUACUGUCCAUUCUACAAGACCACCUGGAUGCUUAGAAACAUGGUGGGAUUCUAUACUCACGCCACUCACGCUGUUGAAGUGUCCAACAACCAAAUCACCUGGUCCAAGAUUCGUGAGUCAAUGGGUGAUAUUAUUUACAAGCUCUCGUCGAUGAAGUUUGAGGACCCUGCUGAAGGAGAGUCUGUCCUAUCUGCAAAGUAUGCCGAACUUCACAAGGAGAUUGAGAGCCGCUUCCGCGACCUUGAACUGUAAAUUCAAUACAAAUGAUGGAAUAAACAUAGUCGGUUUUUUUUAAG